AUGGAUCUUCUAGCUAGUACCAGUAUCACAAGAGGUGACCUGGAAUGCAUGCUAUUUGAUGAAGCCGCAGCGCCAAAGGCCCUGCCACUCUCACUUUUGGAGGACAUCACGAAUGGUUUCUCUGAUGACCUGGAAAUUGGAAGAGGUGCCUUCGCGGUGGUUUAUAAGGCAAGACUUGCUAACAGUGUCGUCGCUGUAAAGAGGUUGUAUAAUUAUAAGCAGAUGCUUGAGAUCGAAUUCCACCGGGAGGUGGAAUGUCUCAUGAUGGUGAAGCACAAAAAUGUCGUACGUUUUCUAGGAUAUUGUGCCGAGACAAAAGGAAAUAUAGGAAGCUACGAUGGGAAGUUUGUUAUGGCAGAUGUACAACAAAGGUUGCUCUGCUUCGAGUGUCUACAGCACGGAAGUCUUGAUAAGUACAUCACAGAUCCAACCAGUGGACUUGAAUGGAGAACCCGCUACAACAUAAUUAAGGGCAUCUGUGAGGGGUUAUAUUAUCUUCAUCAAAAUUCUAUUCUCCACUUGGAUCUAAAACCAGGAAAUAUAUUGUUGGACGAAGAUAUGAUGCCGAAAAUUACUGAUUUCGGACUAUCAAGGUGUUUUGAGGAUGACCAAACACGAGUCAUUACUAGAAACAUUGGCGGAAUGAUUGGAUAUUUGGCACCGGAGUACUUCUCCAACUAUCAAGUCACACAUAAGUUAGACAUAUACAGUCUUGGGGUUAUUAUUACAGAGAUGUUGACUGGAUGGAAGGGGUAUCAAGCUGUUGAGGAAGUGCUUGAAGGUUGGACUAAUCGUAUAUUGGACAUAGAACAGUGGGAACAAAUACAGGUAUGCACUGAGAUUGCACUUGAGUGCACCAACUUGGACCCAGCCAAAAGACCAGCAAGUAUGAAGCAUAUAAUUGAGAGGCUUUUAGAAACAGAAUUUAGUACGCAUGUAAUCCCAGAAGUUGGGACAAGCGAGCUUCUUCUCCUUCACCAGUCCGCGCUUUGCUUUCCCUUCAAGCCCAACAAGGUUGUCUUGUGUCCGCUGCAGCUGACAAACAACACUGAUAAACACGUUGCAUUUAGGCUUAUGGAAAAGAGCAUUAAGUCCUCCUUCCUAUUACUGCCAAUGUAUGGCCUUGUGCCGCCUAACACCCCUUACACUCUCAUUGUGACAACACAAGUUAACGAAGAACUGCCACAAAAGUAUAUCAUAGAUGUGAUCCUCCACAGUGCUACAUUAAUAUUAGGGGAUGAUGAACAUAUAAACACUUUACGAAGCCAGUCAGAAAUUUUUUUCCAAGAGAUGGGGAAUGCAGUGCAAGAGGUGAAACUGAAAGCAACUUAUACUCUGCCAGGACACAUCACAACAUUAUUGUCUAAGCCAAUGUCGCCCACAAUCAAGAUAAUAUGCAAGGUAGAAUUCUUCCACAUGUAUUCCUUGGACAUAAACCAGGCCAAGCAAUGGAUAAUAGUGGGAGAUGAGAAUGGAAAUGUUGGUAUUUGGGACUACCAGACACAGAGAAAAGUGGAUUCAAUUAAAUCAAAACAAGCUAUGCAAGGUCCCGCCUGA